GCCAUGGUUUUUAGCAGGGAGUCUGGACGUGCGACAGCAGGACCAUCAGCGGCACUUCUUCGUAGUAAGAGGGUGCAAGGUUAAUGAUAAGGUGUUUGCGAACCUUUCAUCGUGUGAGAAGCCUUAGCGUGUAGUCCAGGAAGUUUUGACAGCCACCAUGGCUGUUAAGAUAUUCUUCCCAACCUGUUGCUCAGCUGCAGAGAGUGGGCUUCUUAUCGGCCGCUGGAUUUCAGAACACCGUUCUGCCGUGGUCCUAGCCACACUGCACUUCCCCUUUAUCCCUGGCCAAGUGAAGCAGUACCUGGCACGGCUGCAGCAGAGUACGGGGCUGAGCCUCUCUGUACUGGGAACUUGGAGUCACCAGAAGGCCGAAAAGGAUGAGAAAAUGCAGUCGUUUUUAGAUGACUUGAGCAGCAUCUUCAGUCACCGGCCUUGGCUGCGGAUAUCAAGGGAAGGGUCUAGCAAGUUUUGGGGCUGCAGUAUUGAUAGAUGUGACAACGAGGAUCAGAAGGAGGUGGUUUUGGUGUACUACGAUGAGAAGAAAUUAAUGCUGUCGGAGCUGCACUCUGUCACAGAGAACUCGGAAAUAGCCUCCGUGUUUGCUACUGUGGCAAAGAGCCGGCCUCUCUUUGCCACACACAAGUAUGAUGAAGGCCCAAUAAAGCUCACCCACUGGCAGUCAGAAGGAGUGGAGGCCAGUAUUAUUGUGGAGCUGGUCAAGCAAGCGUCCGUUCCUGUGUGCGCAGUCUUGUCAUUCCUCGUCUCAUUGCUUACCAGCGUAUGUAAUCUCAGGGUACUUAGUGGAAAACCCCUGUCCUUUCUAUGGAACAAGCUGUCAACAUCCGAGCAGUUGGGAAAACGCCUGGAGGAUAUCAGACUGGUUAGCAGCGCAGAGAGAGCCAAGGAUCAUAUACAGUUCAUGAGGAAGUCCAACACUGUCGUUUCCAUUCUAUUAGACAUGGCCCUGGGGAUUUUACUGAUGUCCUGGCUGUACAGAGAGAACCGAAUCAGUCAGCUGGCCGACACACUCAUGCCCGUUGCUGAUCGUGUUGCUUUGGAGCUGCAGGGGCUGCUGCAGUGGCUUAUGGGUGCUCCGGCUGGAUUAAAAAUGAACCGAGCUCUGGAUGAAGUCUUGGGACGCUUCUUUUUGUACCAUAUCCACCUCUGGAUCAGUUACAUUCGCCUGAUGUCCCCAUUUAUCGAAGUCAUCCUGUGGUACAUUGGCUUGUCAGCCUGUCUGGGCUUGUCAGUUGCUCUGUCCAUCCUCUCGGAUAUCAUUGCCCUCCUUACAUUUCAUAUAUAUUGUUUCUAUGUUUAUGGAGCUCGCCUGUAUUGCUUCAAGAUGCACGGACUCUCUUCUCUCUGGCGUCUCUUCCGGGGCAAGAAGUGGAAUGUUCUUCGCCAGCGAGUGGACUCUUGCUCUUAUGAUUUGGAUCAGCUUUUUCUUGGGACCUUGCUCUUUACAAUCCUGCUGUUUCUCCUGCCAACCACAGCCCUGUAUUACCUGGUAUUUACUCUGCUACGUCUGCUUGUGGUCCUGGUUCAGGGUGUCAUCCAUUUGAUUGUAGAUCUGCUGAACACUCUCCCACUUUAUGCUAUGGUCUUGCGCCUCUGCAGGUCGUACAGGUUGGCAGCUGGUGUAAAAUUCCGUAUGCUGGAACAACAGACUGGGAAGCCCCUUCGACUGCUUAUGCAGAUUAACCCCCUGCCAUUUAGCGGUGUUCUAAAGAGCUACAUGCUGCCAUCUAACCAGUGCUGCCCUAAGGAUUCCUGGGGAUCCCUAUGUAGGAAGCUGUUUAUUGGGGAGCUCAUAUACCCCUGGAAGCAGAAAGGAAACAAGCAGGACUAACGGAAUACUAAAAUGUUUUUGGAACUGCCACCAGCUCAGAGGUGCCGGGAAUGACCUUCCAAGAGCACCAACAGCUCAAAAGGGGCCAGGAAUAACCACCCACACCUUUUAUAAUAUCACUGGGCAAAUAAGCCUGUAUGCUUCUAAAUGUGUCUGCCUGGACUUGAUAAAGGGUGGGACUCACCAGCUGGGUUUAAAUAAAUGAAGAAAUGACUGAAUAGAAAUAUGCAACACACUGGUCCAAUCAGGAAUCACAUUCAUGCUAAUCACAAAACGUCUACCUUGAGCCUUCUGCAUUACGUCCUUCAAGAAUCCUAUUCCACAGCCCAUCCCAGGAAUUUUAAGUAAAGUUCCUAUAUUGGCUAUACUUUAUUUAUCUUCCUGGUUGAAGAAUCUUCCAGGCUACAAGUGAGCUACAUAUCUGCCUAGGCAUAGGCAGCAAAAGAUGUCUUUUCGUGGGGGUGGGGGAUGGUAUAAAAGAGCAAUAAAACCAGAACCAGGGGUAAAAAUCCCCCUAUGUGUAGGUACAUCCUCCCUAAGCAGGCUAACAUAUACCCCCACAGACUGCCCCUGCUUAAAGGGGAGUUUCACCUUUAGGUUAACUUUUAGUAUGUUAUAGAAUGUCCAAUUAAUAACCACUUUGCAAUUGGUCUCCAUUGUUUAUUUUUUUAUAGUUUUUUUAAUUAUUUGGCUUCCUUUUUUGCCUCUUUUCAAAUGGGGGUCACUGCCCCGGCAGACAAAACCUAUUGCUCUGUGAGACUACAAUAUUUUUGUUACUUUUUAUUACUUAUCUUUAUAUUAUAAGGUAUAUAAGACCCUAGCAACCAGAUAGCUGUUUAAAUACCAAGUUGGGGAGCUGCUGAACAAAAAAAGCUAAAUAGCUGAAAAACCAUAAAAAUUAAAGACCAGUUGCAAAUUGUCUCAGAAUAUCAUUGUCUACGUGAUACUAAAAGAUAAUUUAAUGGUGAACUACCCCUUCAACCCUUCAGGCCUGGCUAUUAAUGUCAUUCAGAUGCAUACCUCCCAAGAUUACUUACUUACUGACUAAACCUUUGUAGGUCACACCUCUGACGGAUAUGAAUAGGCACCGUCCUACCUAAAUAGGGACGGGGGGGGGGGGGCUAUUUGUGUGUCUUAUUGUCAUUUAGGCCUGUGCACUGUCCCAAGGCAGAGGAGGGGCACACAAACCAGACCCAUAACAUGAGCUUAAGUUAAGGGGGUAUUUAUACACUCCAAAACCUAGCCCAGCAAUUUGCCAAGGUUGGAAAUAUAAUACAUAGUCGUAUAAGACGAUUCACAUUCUGAAAUCUGUUAUUAACAGAUAAGGAAGCCAUAUUGUUGUUGAGCCAGCCAACUAGAACAAGCAGAAACACCAUUAAUUACACAUUUGAUUUUAAUAUAUCAUACAAGCUAGAUCAUAUGCUUUAUUUUAUACCUGCCAUAGUGGAAUGAGUUGCUGCAUUUCCUAGGACCUUUGUGAAUACAGUGCUACUGGCAACCUGAGGAAGACUAAAUGUACUCACACUGGAUAUAUCUCUCAUAGGAGAGAGCAUUACAUGCCAUGGAUAGAUGGCUUUCCUUCAAUCAAGUCCAUCCGAAUGUUUUGUGGUAGAUUCCGUAUUUGUCUGAAUUCAACAGUGGAUGGAUUUGAUGCAUCCCUAGUAGUAUCAUAUUUUUUAUUUAAUGCUGUUUUGUUUCAUAAAAAUCUAAAGCCUUUGUAUGAAAAAUAACUGCUGUCGUUUAUUGGACAGAAGGGAAGUCACAUGACUCCUAGUAAAUAAGCUUUGCCACGGGGCUGUGGCCCCCUGUGGGGACAGACCCUAGUACAGUUGCCCACCAGUCAAGCUGGCACAACAAUGACCUGCACCCUCAGACCUAAUUCCCACCUGUGUGCAAUCUUGUUGUGACAACUGAGGCUAGGAACAACGGUGCAAGGUGGAUCUAUACCACAGGGGAUCUGGGCCCCCUCUGCUGUAUGGCAAUUAUGCCACUGGCUUGGUUCUAGGAGUUGUAAUUUCUUAUCCCUAUUCCGACACCAUUGUAAUUCAUAAUAUAUUUGUUUUCCAGGUUAUUUACAUUAUUUUGAUGAUAGUGUCCUAUUCUUAAUUAUCUAUCCUAAAAUCAUGCUGCCUGACCAGUGAUCUGUGGAUAUUAUUUAUACUGCUGCCUAAUCUUUAAUCGGACCAAAUUAUUUUAGAUAUAAAAUAGAUAACACUGGAUUUUGAAAUCCCUUUUGUACACCCCCUAAUCCCGAUAAUUCCUA